UCAGUGCAUCAGUAUGCUGGGCUGACAGCCUCACACUCCUCAUCCCCUGGAUUGUCACCUGUUCUGAUCAUCCAACAGGUCAUCAUGUCCACCAACAUCUCGUCUUCCUGUCUCAACAGUUCAGACUACACCAGCAACAUCUUCACUGUGUGCACCUACUCCUUCAUCUGCAUCGUGGGUCUGAUCUUUAACCUCACAGCUCUGGUCUUUUUUUUCAGAUGCAACAAAACCAGAUCACAAACCAUUGUCUACAUGAGCAAUCUCACCAUAGCGGACAGUCUGCUCAUUCUCACAUUGCCCAUGAGGAUCUACUACUAUCUGGGUUAUCGUGGUCUUCCUCAGUGGCUGUGCGACAGCCUCGGUCUGGUCCUGAAGGCCAACAUGUACGGGAGCAUCUUCCUCCUCACUUGUAUUUGCUUUGACCGUUGCAUGGCCGUCAGCUUCCCCAUGUCAGUGCGUGUGAAGGAGGGGAGGAGGAAAGCGCCGCUGGUUUGUUUCGGAAUAUGGAUGCUCACCUUCGGGGCCAGCGUGCCCAUCUACCUCUUCAAGCGCAGAGAUGUUCACGAUUCUUUCACAGACUGUUUUAAUAACUUGCCGGUCUAUGCUAUUCAGCCUCUGGUGGUUUAUCCCACGCUGAUCUUGGGGUUUGGGAUCCCGUUAGUGAUCAUGCUGGUCUGCUCUUGGGGUUUGGUCCGUGCUGUCCGACAGAGCCCCGUGGCCCAGACCAACCUGGUGGACAGCGCAAAGAUCCAGAGGAUGGUUGCUUCCAGCCUCUUCAUCUUCAUAUUCAGUUUCCUCCCAUACCACGCCACCCUGGGCCUCCUCUCACUGUACAGAGAGAACAUACCAUGCUCCAUGCUGACUGCAUACCACUACAGCGUGAUGGUGGCAUGUCUCAACACAGUGCUAGAUCCUGUUGCAUACUAUUUCACCACAGAAACCUUCACAAAGAACGUGGGCAUCGAUGUGGUGAGGAUGUUUCCUUUGAACAGUCAUAGCUCUGAAGUCAGGUACAGAGCUAACAACAGCUAACAAGAAACAAGGACUACUACAGCUUCACUGAUUAAUAAAAUCAGAGCAAGGAUGUAUUUAAAGUUCAGGAUAGAGGAGAUAAAAUGAUUUUUAUUUUGGGAUCAUAUAUAGAGUGCUGCAGGAAUGAGUUGUGAUGUCUUUCAGAACAAACACUGUCAACACACCUGUCACCUGUCCAGCACGGUGUUGUUAAACCAAAAACACUGUGGCAACACCCUCUAAUAAGUUUUAAAAACACACAAUCACUGCUUUUGGCUCCAGGUAGAAUUAGUGCGACAAUUUAGGACUGAGAAAUGUGGCUGAAUCACCUGUCAUAUCACAAUAUUUAUAUAUUUAGUAUUGAAGCUUUAAUCUGUAACUUUUCCAC